CAGGUUUUGUGGUAAAAGCAACCAUACACAUAACCACAUGGACAACCUAAAAAAAUAGGUUCAACAAACCAAUUGUAAAUCUCGUCCGAUUCAACUCACUCUCACUCAUAAACCCCUUCCUCAGUCCACCUCCACCUUAUCUCCAAUGGCGUCCAUCUCCGCCGGCACUGGCCACCUCCUCCCCCUCCGCCAUCAUCGCCGCUCACACCUAACCUCUCCACCGUCCGCCGUCCCCAUCACCACCACCAGAUGCCACAAAAUCUCCUCUCAAAACCCUAACCCUAACAAACACUCUAAAUCCACACACUCCAAAUCUCCGUUAUUCUCCGUCAAGAAUUUUGCCAUCUCCGCUGCUGCCGGCGUCUUGUUUCACGUCGCGUAUAAAAAUCCGUCACUUAUCGGUGGUUCCGGCGGGGGUGGAGGUUCCUCCGGUGGUUCCGGCGGCGGCGGCGGCGGUUCUGGCGGAGGAGGCGGUGGUGGUGGGUGGUGGAGGCGCUUGUUAUCGCCGGAAGCUAAUGCGGAUGAGAAUCAGUCAUCUGAAUGGGACUCACAUGGAUUACCUGCUGAUAUAGUGGUACAAUUGAACAAACUUAGUGGAUUUAAAAAGUAUAAGGUGUCUGAUCUAGUGUUUCUAGAUAAAGUUAAGUCAAUUACUGUAGGUUCAGAUGAUUCCUUUUUCGAAAUGGUUUCGAUUAAAUCCGGUGGUGUGUACACCAAAGCUCAGCUUCAAAAGGAGCUUGAAACCCUAGCUACUUGUGGUAUGUUCGAAAAGGUCGAUCUAGAGGCGAAAACUAACGCGGACGGAACUAUAGGGUUAACAGUUUCGUUUACGGAGAGUACGUGGGAGGAGGCGGAUCAUUUUAAAUGUAUUAACGUGGGGUUAAUGCAGCAGUCGAAAGCGGUUGAUGUUGACGAAAACAUGACGGAGAAGGAGAAGAUGGAUUAUAUGAGGAAUCAGGAGCGGGAUUAUAGGAGGAGGAUGGAGCGGGCGAGGCCGUGUAUGUUGCCGCGGUCAGUUCACGGUGAGAUUUUGCAGAUAUUGGGGCAGGGAAAUGUGAGUGCUAGGAUGUUGCAGAAUAUUCGGGAUCGGGUUCAGAAGUGGUAUCAUGAUGAAGGGUAUGCGUGUGCUCAGGUUGUGAAUUUUGGGAAUUUGAAUACGAAUGAGGUUGUUUGUGAGGUGGUGGAAGGGGAUAUUACAAGGGUCGUGAUUCAGUUUCAGGAUAAACUUGGGAAUGUUUGUGAAGGGAAUACUGCAAUUGGAGUAGUGAAGAGAGAGUUGCCUAAACAGCUUCAAAAGGGGAAUGUAUUCAACAUUGAAGCCGGGAAGCAAGCACUGCGUAACAUUAAUUCUCUCUCUUUAUUUUCAAAUAUUGAAGUGAAUCCACGCCCAGAUGAGAAAAACGAGGGUGGGAUUAUUGUUGAAAUUAAACUUAAAGAGUUGGAGCAAAAAUCAGCUGAAGUCAGUACUGAAUGGAGCAUUGUUCCUGGACGUGGUGGUCGUCCUACUUUGGCUUCAAUCCAGCCUGGUGGAACUGUGUCUUUUGAGCAUCGGAACAUCAAGGGGCUUAAUAGAUCUCUUCUUGGUUCCGUCACCACUAGUAACUUUCUUAAUCCGCAGGAUGAUCUUUCUUUUAAGCUAGAAUACGUGCAUCCUUAUUUAGACGGAAUAUCUAAUUCCCGAAACCGCACCUUGCGUACAAGCGUUUUCAACAGCAGAAAGCUCAGCCCAGUUUUCACUGGUGGGCCCGGAGUAGACGAAGUUCCUCCUAUAUGGGUCGAUAGAGCUGGCGUUAAAACCAAUAUUACCGAGAAUUUCACUCGUCAAAGCAAGUUUACGUACGGGAUUGUAAUGGAAGAGAUAACAACACGUGACGAAAGUAGUCAUAUAUCUUCAAAUGGUCAACGGGUUCUGCCGAACGGUGGUAUAAGUGCAGAUGGUCCUCCAACGACACUGAGUGGCACUGGUAUAGACCGAAUGGUGUUUGCACAAGCGAAUAUUACAAGAGACAAUACAAAGUUUGUCAAUGGAGCAAUUGUUGGUGAGAGGAAUGUGUUUCAGCUGGAUCAAGGCUUGGGAAUUGGCAGCAAAUUCCCAAUUUUCAACCGUCACCAACUAACGAUGACAAGAUUUAUACAACUGAAGGAAGUUGAAGAAGGUGCUGGGAAACCACCACCCCCGGUGCUUGUUCUUCAUGGCCAUUAUGGUGGUUGUGUAGGGGACCUUCCUAGCUAUGAUGCUUUUACACUUGGUGGACCCUACUCUGUUAGGGGUUACAACAUGGGAGAGAUUGGUGCUGCUAGAAAUAUCCUAGAGCUUGCUGCGGAAAUACGUAUACCUGUGAGAAAUACGCACGUAUACGCGUUUGCAGAGCAUGGAAAUGAUCUGGGGAGUUCAAAAGACGUAAAGGGUAAUCCCACAGAGGUUUACAGGCGCAUGGGUCAGGGUUCGUCAUAUGGCGUUGGUGCUAAGCUAGGGUUAGUUCGAGCAGAAUACGCGAUUGAUCACAACUCAGGGACUGGUGCCUUAUUUUUCAGAUUUGGUGAGAGAUUUUGAGGCUUGUUAAACUUUCUAUAUUUGGAGUUUUGCUUUUUGAAUCUGGUUAUACUGAGUUGGAUAGAAAGAUUUUGUAGAAAGCUGUUUGGAACCAUUUGAGAUGAAGGAAUAAUUGGUGUGUUUAUUGUUUAAUAGCAAUCACGGGUUGGCAA